AUGGCCUCUCAACUUCUGUUUCUAGCAUUACUCCUAGCCAUGACUUGCUCCAUUGCUUUCGCAGCUGAGAGUCUGCAAGAUUUCUGUGUACCGCAGCCAACACGCUUAGGUGCAGUGAAUGGCAUUGUCUGCAAGGACCCUAAUCUUGUUGAAGCCAAUGACUUCUUCUAUAGUGGACUUGACAUAGCAGGCAACACAUCAACCGUAUUUGGUUCACGUGUGACCUCUGUUAGGGUGAACCAAAUUCCAGGACUCAACACCUUUGGCAUCUCCAUUGCACGCAUCGAUUUCGCUGCAUGGGGUGUUAAUCCUCCACACACUCAUCCUAGAGCGACUGAAAUCUUGACAGUCCUUGAAGGAAGCCUCCAAGUGGGUUUUGUCACCUCCAACCCCGAAAACAAACUCAUUACAAAAAUACUUCAGCCAGGUGAUGUGUUUGUGUUCCCGGAAGGUCUUGUGCAUUUCCAAUAUAAUGUUGGAUAUACUAUAGCAGUAGCCUAUUCAGCUUUCAGCAGCCAAAAUCCAGGAACUAUUACCCUUGCCAACACAGUAUUCGGAGCAAGGCCUCACAUCUCUAGCGACAUUCUUACAAAGGCUUUCUUAGUGGAUAAGGAAGCAAUCUACAACAUACAGUCAAGAUUUUAG